UGUGCCCAGCCCCUCUGUGCCAUCACUGGAGGUUGAAUCCAGUGUUCAGGAUGCCAUGACAGGAGCACAUCCCAGCCUCCACAAACCCUGUGGGUGACAGCCUGGGAACAGGGUGCUGGUGGAUGUGUGAGCAUCAGAAACUGGGCAGGAGAGUCUGGACUGCUCAGGGAUGCAGCCUGGGCUGACCCAGUGGGGACCCCAGGACUCGCCCCCUUGGGAGCCUCCAUCAGGCACAGAAUCUGCCUGAUCCCAAAGGCCAAGUGCUGCAAUCCACGUUCUUCAGCCCCAGGUGGUGGAGCCCAGCCGGUGAACACUGCCACAGCCUCACAAACAGGGAGUUGUGGGCAGCAUCAGCAGGGUUUGGGGAUCAUCCUGCCUGGAGGGACACACCCACCCCCUCCUUCUGCUGCUGAGAGCUCCAUGAGGAGCAGAGGGAAGCUGAGACCCCUCCAGCUUCACCUGGGGGAGUGCAGAUGAGUUUGUGUGUUAAUUGGGAGCAGCUGGAACAGAGCCACAGCCUCCCCUGGGAAAGCAGAUAAAAGCCAGGCCUUGGCUGGGCCUUGGUGCUCUCUUCUGCUGGGUGCUGCUGGGUGAGGGGUGCUGCUGGUCCUGGCUCUCCUUGGGGAGGUUUCUGGGGAUGAGGGAAUGUCUGAGCCCUGUGCUGGUUACAGCCCUGUGCUGCCCUGGGAGCUUCCCAGGAGGUGCUGAGGCUUGGCAGAGGCUUUCCUGAGCUGGGAGCCUGCUGGGGACAAGGGAGGGGGGUUUUAAUGAGGAGCUCCUGGGAUGGGAAGUGUGGGAAUGGGCCUGGCACUGGGAUGUGGGAGUGCAGAGAGCCAGCCUAAAUCUCCUGCUGUCCCUCUCCACAGCUGAGCUCUCGCCGUGGCCUCUGCCGACAGGAGCCGAGGGCUCGGAGCGCCGAGCCCCCCAGGCGCCGCUGCUGCCCUGCAGGCAGGAACGAUGCUCCGUGCGGAGAGGGGAGGGGCUGCGGGCCCAGCCCCGUGUCCUGCUGCCCGCGGGGCUGUCCCUGCCCGCAGCCUGUGCUGCAGAGCCUUGCUGCUGCUGGCCGUGUGUGUGCGUGCCACUGCUGUCCCCUACGGCCUGGGCGCUCUGCCUGCUGUCACCUGGGGUCCCCCGGGCUCAGCAGCCUCCCAGCGAGGGGUGGGUGACACUCUGGGGACAGCGUGUGGGGACCUCCUCUCCUCGGGCUGCUCCCCAGGGAUGCAGGGAGUAGUGUCCCCUGGAGCAGGUGCUGGGGGACAGAGGCUGGGGACACGGACUGCAGCCACACGGACAUCUGGGACCUCCCUGCAGGGGCAGCCUGGCUGUGGGCACAGGGAAGGGCUCAGGCUGGCCACAGCAAUGGCUGUCACGCUGUCCCCCACACCGUGGCCUGGCAAGAGGGUGCCUGUUGCCUCAGCUCAGCUCCUCCAGCCUGAGGGUCCCAGCCCUGCAGGUCCCACCGUGGCUGGGAUGGGCUCCACAGCCCCUGGUGUCAUCCCAGAGCUUGGACAGAUGUUUGUGACAGAAGAAUCCAGGCCCAGCCAGCCCAGGACAGCAUCAGUGGGACCUGUUCCCACUGCAGCAGGACCUCCAGGGCCCAGCCCUGCCAGCCCGGGCUCUGUGCCUCCCCCCUGCUCCACAAAGGCAGCUCUGCAGCGUGCCUCUGAGCCUGGCCACCACACUGCCACCAGCAGCACUGUGACAUCUCCGUGCUGCCUGCUGCCCUCUCCUGGAGCUGGGCAUGCAGCCAGCUCCCUGCUCAGCUCCCAGAGCCUGGCUGCGCCCUCAGCACUGACCCUCCGUGCCCACGCCGUGUCCAGCGGCUCCAGCACUUCCCAGAACUCCUCCACAGGCACGGAGCAGCUCCCUGCAGCCACCAGAGCAGCCUCCAGCCCAGCUGAGCUGAUGACAAAGGGCAGGCCUGGCUCCACAGGGAGGAAACCCCCUGCAUCCCACCCCUCCAGCCUGCCCUUGCCCUCCCAGCCUGUGCACGUGCUGCCCUUGCAAUUCCGGCUGCUGGGCAUCGCUUACGGCCCGGCUCUGGGCAGCAGGAAUUCCGAGAGCUACCGGCAGCUGGAGGGAGAUGUGACACUGAUGCUCAACCAGAUGCUGUCCAGCUAUGAGAGCUUCCUGCAGGCCAAUGUCCUGGAGUUCAUGAAUGGCUCAGUGGUGGUGCGAGGGCAGGUUCUGUUCUGGGGGGAUGCUCCUGCUCCCUCCAACUCCCACCUCAUCCGGACAGUCAUCACAGAGGCCAGCAAGGGAAGGAGCAUCUUCAGCUGGCAGCUGGAGCCCCAGUCUGUCCAGUCUGCUGGCUUCAGCCUGGAGAACCUGGACCCGGAGAAGCUGUCCAUCUCCCUCACUGGCUCCCAGCUUGGCGUGGGCAGCAUGGAGAGGCUGGUCAGAGAGGUAACUGCAGCUGUCAGUGCCCUCUACCACGUGAGGAACUUCACCAUCUCCCAGCUCAGGAAGCUGGGUGGGAACACGGAGAUCACUGGAGACCUGUACCUAGACACAGUUGUCCAUGCUGACGUUACAGAGGUUCUGGAAGCCCUGACUGCACUCUCAGGCCUCUCCGUGGCCCUGAGCUCCCUCUCGGUGGAGGGGUCCCAGCUCGGGCUGCACGUGUACCCUCUGUCCUUCGUCGUCACCAACAGAGCCUUCAGCCAGAAGCUUCAGGAUCCACUCUCUGCAGAGCACCACGAUCUCUCCAGGCACCUUGGUGAUGCGGUGGCGAGAGCCCUGAGGGAUUACCCAUCCUUCCUGACAGCCAUCAUCAAAGAAUUCCUGCCUGGCUCCUUGAUCUGCCAUGGGAACAUGAUCUUCCGCCGCCCCGCUCCAACCAGCGUGCAAGUGCUGCGGGCACUCGUGCGCUCGGUGGGGCCAGACCAGGCUCUGGCUGGCUCUGCCAUCCACGUGGAUCCAUCCUCUCUCUCUGUGGGAGAGGACACCCUGGAGCCUGCCAGGCCCCAGCCGGGCUUCCCAGCCUACGGAGUGGCCUUGGUGGUCAUCGGUGGCCUCUGCAUCGUGGCUGCGCCCGUCGUGCUUGUGUGCCUGGGCACCAAGAGGCUGGGCUGGCAGGCUGGAGGAGCCCUUUGGGACAGAAGAGACCCUGAAGUGGGCAUCCAGACGUUGGAAAUGGAGAACCAGGGCUUCUGGACAGAGGACCCUGGGGAUGGUCACUUGGUGUGCCAAAGCACUUCUGCCUGAGGAGAGAAGCAGCAGCUGGGGGGAGCCUGGACAAGGGCUGUGGGUGGGAAGGAGAUGCUGAGAAGCUCUCCCUGAUCCUGUGGCAGCAGCUGCCAGGUGCUCCCUGUGCAGAAUCCAGACUCAGGUGUGUCAAGGAACCAUUUUGUACCUGAAAUAAACUGUUUGUAGACCGUGAAA